CAUUCUCUUUUCUUUAUUUCUUUUACCAGUCUCAAAUAUCUCUUAUUCUUCUUUGUUCACUUCCUAAUGUCACUCAAAAAGAUCCCAAUAUCAGAGAGAAGGGCGACUUACCCUCUAGAACAUCGUCUAAAGACCUAUUCUCCAGAAAAGAUUCAACAACAAUUGAUCGACGCUGCCAGUACCAAGAAAAUGGUGGUCAAUGGUGUCAAUAUAUUGAAUAAUCGAAGUAUAGAUUGCAGUACGGCCAAAGAACGUAUUCGACAACGUCGUGAAACACACAAUAAGGUGGAACGUCAACGCCGAGAUAUACUGAAUUCUCUUAUAGCGGAGCUUUCUGACAUUGUGCCAUGUGCAACAGAUGCAAAGAACAAGUCUCAGCGAGCAGCUGUCCUUCGACGAACUGUACAAUACGUUCGAUGGGUUCAGUCUGAAAACCGAACCUUAAGAACACAAUUAAAUUUACCGGACGAAGACAUUACCUUCAUACCGUAUGAUGACGACCAACUAAUGAACGAGCAUUCUAUGCCUGGCAGCAGGUCUCCCACUGUAGAAAGCUGCAGUAAUUCAGACCAAGGCGACGACUCGGGCUCUUCCUAUGGAUCUCAUCCCAUACUAUCCAGUGGGACUUUUCAUACAUUUUCAAUAGCCACGAGCGAUGCCAUGAUCGAUGUACACACCGGCUGAUGUGAACUAUUAUUCUAUCUCAUGUUUGCACAAACCAUCUUCCCUCUGCUAUUAGUUUACACAAAUAUUCCCCUACUUUCAAUGAAAAUAUAGUCGCUUUUUUUCAAGUUUAUCAAUGAACAAACAAUUUACAAUUUCUCAUAGUCAAGUUUGGUUUCCAAUUUCUUUGCAUCAGCAACCUUUCGUACUG